UUGCGUUGCGACGAUAAUUAUUUUCUCGUAAUGGGAGACUCCUACAAACCUAAAAUAAACAGCAGCGGUGUUGACGGCAAAGAUCCCGUUUUAAACAAAGCUGCGCUCGAUUAUAUGAGAAUAAUCGAGGAGAAAAACCGUGAGCGCGUUAAAAAAUUGGAACUUACUGCGCGAAGAAAUCGUAUGGUUGGUUUAUCUAUUGGCGCCGGGGUGUUUGGUAUUUAUCUUUAUUCGAUAUUCGCUGUAAAGCAGGAGACGUUCCUCGACGACUUCAACGAACCCCCGAAGGUGCAGCAAUAAUGGCUGCCGCUAAAACGUUGCCGUUAAGAUUAC